UUUUUUUUCUUUUCUCCUAGGCCAAGAAAAUGGCCCGCGAGGGGGAAGGAGCAGGAAGUAGAGGGAACUCCGAAAAGGAGGGGGGAAAUGAGAAAGAAAAAAAAGGGAAGCAAACAAUGUUUCGAGAAAAGAGAAAUCCGAAUCUAUCCCGAUGCGAAUUCCGAUGCGACCAUCUGACAAAGCCCUAAGGUCAGCUCCCAACUCGGAACGUGAGCUGCGCGAGUGAGAGUGAGCCAGUGAGCCAGUACACCGGUGAGCGCCAUCUCAUCUCGCCAGUAAGCCAAUAAUUCCAUCCUGAUCCUAUCCCGAGUGAGUGGCGUCGUGCAUCGUCAAUAAUGAAACCCGGACGUAACAUUUAUUCGUGGAUUCUUGCCGCUACCCUUCAACUUGGUCAUGUCAUAGCGGCAACUACUGUAGAUCUGGGGUACGCGACGUAUGAGGGAUAUUAUAACGAUACGUACGACCUCAAUAUCUGGAAGAGUCUUCGAUAUGCAGCACCUCCUGUUGGAAAACUACGAUGGCAAGCACCUCAACCUCCCCUUCGGGACGACGGUGGAGUGAUCCCAGCCGUCGAUCAGCCACCUAUAUGCCCGCAGUCGGGCGCCUUCGGUGUUCCUGAAGCCUACGGCUUUAACUCUGGUCCUGGCGACGAAGACUGUCUCUAUCUCAAUGUAUACGCAGCUCCUAAUGCAACCAGCCUACCAGUCUUGGUCUGGAUACAUGGCGGCGGGUAUUCCGUCUUUGGGGCUGCAUAUGACCCGAGUAUCUGGAUGAAUACCAAUAAUAAUGGUUUCAUUGUCGUCGAAAUCCAGUACCGACUGGGCGCAUUUGGGUAUCUCGCAUCCGACGACGUCAAGGCGGGUGGCCGGCUCAACGCUGGCCUGUUAGACCAGCGAUUCGCUCUCGAAUGGGUUCAAGAACACAUUUCCAAAUUUGGUGGUGACCCAACCCGCGUCACUAUUGGUGGCGAGUCUUCGGGAGCUGGUUCGAUUAUUUAUCAUGCUUUGGCCUAUGGAGGCAAGGAGUCGAAUCUCUUCAAUAAUAUCAUCGCAGCCAGCCCAUAUCUCCCACCGGUGCACAGGUACAACGACACGGUUCCAACCGCUCAUUAUGACAAAUUCGUCGAGUUGGUCGGUUGUGAUCAAGACUCAUAUAAGCUGAGUAAUUAUUCAAACACUUUCGAAUGCCUUGUCGCAGCAGAGAGCGCUGUGUUACAGAAUGCCAGUGGCACUGUUUCGACAACUCAAGGCUACUUUGGCAGCUUCGCCUUCUUACCUGUAAUCGAUUAUGAUUAUAUUCGAGAACGCCCGUCAGCGCAGUUCUUAAGUGGAAACUUGACUGGAAAACGGCUUCUUGUUGGUAAUAAUGCUAAUGAUGGCGUGCCCCUGACCGACCCGGAAGUUGACACGAGAACGAAGUUCGACGACUUCGUUUCGACCGUCUUCCCACUAUUGACUACAGAAGAUAUUGAGCUACUUAACAAUGUGUAUCAAAUUGCAUCUUUACCGAUUGGUAGUGGUAUCCCGUACGACACACUCGGCUUCACUGGGCCAACUGCGCUGUAUCAAUCUGGAAUAGCUACGGGCAUACAACAGGCCGCCUUCAACUUGGCUGCUGAGAAUACCUUCGCCUGCCCAGCCCAGUGGUUUGCUGAGGCGUUCACUACAAGAUCUCGACAAGCCUGGAAGUAUCAAUACUCGGUUACUCCCUCGUAUCAUGGCGCCGAUCUCAAUGCUUACUUCUCUGUCGACGUCACAUUUCCCAACGUGGAUUUUAGACAUGCGAUGCAAAAGAUUUGGGGAAACUUCAUCAUCAAUAACAGCCCCAUCAUCUCAAUUUCUGAUGCAACUGCCAACUACGAAAAUGCGACGGUUCCGAUCGGCACGUAUGGUAAUAUCGAGUGGCCUGAGUUCACGCUUAAGAAGCCGGUGCAGAUGAACCUGAAUACCACGGGAGGCAACUUAUCUACCGUUACGGUACCCCCUUACUUAAGUUAUUAUGUAAGAGAGGGUUUUGGUAUCGUAAAUACUUUCAACCUCUCCGAUGCCUUCACAUGGGAAGGGGGUCGCGGCGAGCGUUGCGAGUUUUGGCGCAUUGUCUCGAAGAGAGUACCUCAGUAAAGAUCGGCAUUGUAAUAUUGGUUUAAACUCGUAUAUAUCUUGUCACAUAUCAUUGUUAGCCUGGAAUAAAUCAGGUUAACUAUCAUACAUAGUAUUUAAUCGUAUUAAGUACCUACUUUCUAAAUUUGCUAGAUAGGUAAUUACCUGGCAGCUACCUACGUAAGGGUAAUUUGAGGCAACCAACUUGUUUGGAAGGAGGCAAAGUACCUGCGAAAGGGAACGAUGGUGCCCAGUGAUUGCCUACGUAUUGGGGUAGCACGGGUUUGUAGGCUCUUUUAUUGGCUAGCGACAGCGUAUCGCCUUGGAUAUUAAAUGUUUAAAGUCUUAGUUUACCA